AACAGCAUAGCACUGUGAUCAAGAUGAACACUCUUUUGCUGGUCCUGUUUUUCGGAGGCUCCGUUGCCUUAGCAGAAUUGCCUUUCGAGGAUUCAGCUAUCGAUAAACUUCUAGAUGUUGAAGGAGAAGAAAUCACUGGAGAUUUGGAUCUGGAAGUGGAAAAUGAUCCCUUAAAACCCAGUGGUCGUCCUUCUCUUCCACUCAAGGAGAAAGUUUGCAAAUGUCUUCUCCGAAUAUGCUCGAAGUGUCUCAGACCGACUCCUCCCGAGCUGACACGAGACGAAUUCUCCGAUGAAAAUGAUGCACAUCGACCCCGACCGAGCGGUCGACCCCAACCAACCGGUCGACCAAGAUGUAAACCUCGACCACCGAAAAAGAGGUUUUGCGAAUGGUGCAAAAAGAGAUUAAACAGGUGCAAGCCUACGCGCUCUCCUCUUUGAGUUGCAGUCAACCUGAAGUUCGUCAGUUAUCUAGACAGAUUUAACAAAAACAAUGAAGUAGCAAGUAGCAGUCAUGGAUAUUUAAAAAAAAUUACGGAAUAAAGCUGAUUAAAAAGUCACCUUAAUCUG